GUGCAGGAUGUUGUCAAGUGACCUUUUUUCUUCUCCCUAUGGAUCGCGUGCUCACUACCAUGAUAUACCAGCUAGAGCUAGAUACAGCUUCAAAGCUCAACAUGAGUGCGUGUGACAUUCCAUCAUACAUAGGUGAGGACAGAGGGAGGUCUAGCGGUGACAUUUGGUGAGGACAACUCAUCUGGUACCAUCUCGGUUGUGAAACUAGAAGCAGACAAGUCUGUAAUGAGAGCAUGAUGCAGUAUAGAAUCGUGGAAGAGGUUAGAUAUUCAGCUGAACAUGUCAUGUAGAUAGCACUUCCUAUGUCAAAGGCAGUACUGGAACAGGAACUAGUGUAUGCCAUUUCAUGACAUCCAACAAAAUAAUCAAUCCGUAAAGCGCCCGUCGACCACCUUCUACUCAUCUACUCUCAACGUUUUCUAUGUAACGUAAUUUUGAACUAUACGAAUUUCGCGCUGUCUGUAUCACAUAAAAAGUAGCUUUAAAUAACAAACUGAUAAAGAUAAAGCUUUCUUCGCCUGCGUAAAAUUGAUAGAACAGUUACUUCCCAACCCAACUGGAUAUUUCUCAAAGUGUGGAGCAUCUAAGGUAACAUGAAGGCGUUUUCAUUGAUGUUUUCUCGUUGCCUUCUUUGAAAUGAUUAGUUGUGACUUCAUAUACUCAGAUAUUUACGAAUCCAGUCACUAUUAAACCACUCACACUCGAAAUACAGUGGUGCCUGGGGACCUGACCAACUCUUUUGAAAUCUUAGUGAAAAUUCUGAAGAAGAAAAAAUAUGUUGGGGUCUUCUAUACAAAACUGUAAUAAUAAAUAUAAAACCUGUUAAAACUCGCUAAUCAUGACUUGUAUUGGGAAACGUGUGGCUGCGAUCGCUGGACGAAGCGGAGAUCGUACGAAGCAAGACGAUGUCGAUCUCAAAGACAGUGCCGCCAAAGUGAAGGUCACCUGCAAGGCAUUGUGGGAAGAUCCGAUGUAUUUCCGCUGGGUCACUACAUUCAUCUGGGCUCUAGUCGGCGCUUUCAACUUUGGUAUCAUCGGGGAUUUUACCUUGUUCUUUAUCUACCUCGAAGAGGAUCUCAAAUCUUCAGUACUGGAAUUAAAUUGGCUAGGUACCCUUCCAUGGAUCCUCUUCACCGUGUUUGCACCCCUCACCACACCCCUGGUCAAAGUGCUUGGUUACCGAUCGACGCUCGUAGGAUCGAACCUCGCUUGCGCCCUUGGGCUGUUUGCUACCAGCUUCCCGCACCAGAUUUGGCCUAUGUAUAUCACGUAUAGUUUGGUGUACGGUGGAGGCGCGGUCAUCUAUUACGUAGCUGGAUGCUUCUAUAUCACGGGCUAUUUCGACCAGAAGUCCUGUACUGGACCGGUGUCUUCUAUGGGAUUCUUUUUCGAGCUAGCUGUACUAGUGUUCAGUCCUGUGAUUCAAGUCACGGCCGAUGCUUGGGGAUGGCGUUGGUCGCUCCGCCUCCUCUCUGCAUGUACACUCGUCGUGUCCGGACUACUCAUCAUAUUCAUCAGGAAACCGCCAUUAGAUCUUUCUGGGCGAAUUGUCAGUCCCAUUUCCGACGAUGACGAUCAAAGAGAAAGGUCAAGUAACGACCACGAAUCAUACUUGGAGUUGGCGACUACGAAGGCUGAAACCGGCAAAGUCAGCGUGACGACAUCGCGAGGGAGGUACCUCAAGAUAAUGUCGAUGCCAUCCUUCUGGAUCUUGGAGUUAACCGUAAUCUUGUCUUUCACAUCGUUGUCUUUCAGCCUCAUUAAUCUCCUGUUGAUUUUCUCCGGGCUCUCUACCUAUCCAUGGCGACCGGACUAGCGGUUGAACUCUUUGGUAUAGAGAACGCGGCUCCGGCAUACGUGGGAAUCUUCUUUGCGUAUGGUUUCGCAGGUGUCCUGGCUGCCGUCCUACCAGGUAUCACGCACCAGCUAACGGGAUCAUACACCGUCACCGUGAUUAUUUGUGCAGUCUUCUGGGGUAUUUCUUUCAUUCUAUUCGCCGUUGUCUACAUCCUGUUUCGCCGCAGACAGCAGAGAUCUUCCAAAGAUGAUUGUAAGAACAAGGUCCCGCGCAGUACGAAGACAUCGACGAAUUUAGAAGACAGUGAACAGCCGUUUUUAUUAGAGAUUGGUUCUGUCAUACAGUCAGAAUAAAAGUGUAAUGAUAAAUGUUUUAUGUUAUUUGAUGAAAGAAU